UCUGUUCCAUUUUUUCCGUUUGCUUCCGUUUGGUUCCGAGAGUAAACGGUUUCCGUUUUGCAACAGACAAAACGUUUUAGAACCGAACCUGACUAAUGAAUACACCCCAGCUGUGUUGACAACACUGACCAUCGUCGAACAACGAAGGUGCAUUGGGAAAGGAUAGCCAGCUAGCUUGUUAACAAUGGCAACCAUGCGUCGUCCAAGGUACUCUCUCCGAGACUCUCUGUACUGGGACGAGACUGAGUGCCUGACGUACUAUGGGAUGCUCUCUCUACACGAGAUGUUUGAAGUUGUCGGUUCUCAACUGACAGAGACAGACGUUGAGGUGCUGUCGUUCCUCUUGGAUGAGACCUAUCCGGCUGGAGGGCACCCCUUGGACCCAGCUGGCUGGACCAGCGAGCCCGGUGAGGAAGACCCUGAGGCCAGUAAAGGAGUCUCCCCCAGCCCAGUGCUCCUGGAGGCCUGGCGGCGGUUACAGCCCAAGGUUCCUGCUUUGGCCUGUCCUACCGCUGCCCGCCACAAGCCCAAGAGUGGGCUAGAACUGCUGCUGGAGCUGGAGAGACGUGGGUACCUCAGUGAGGGUAACCUGGAGCCCCUGUUGCAGCUGCUGCGAGUCCUUACGCGACACGACCUCCUGCCUUUGGUGUCCCGCAAGAAAAGGAGGACAGUAUCACCAGAACGUUUCAGAGUGAACUACGGGACAGAGGACAAAAGACAGGUGUGCACAUCUGGACUGACUGACCCCUGUGCACAGACAGAAUCACAUGACGAACAUGCCACCCAGCAAUGGAGGGGGGGUGUUGACUCUGCCAGGCCAACGCCCGCCCCCCUACGGAAGAAGAGGGGUAAAGGCCGCCGCUGGACCAGCAAGCCCACUGCCCACAGGAGAAGAACGGGCAUCCCUGAAACUCCUCCCCCACCUAUAUCUGAGAAAGUGACCUGCGACAUUCGUCUGCGUGUGCGAGCAGAAUACUGGGAGCAUGAGUCGGCUCUGCGCGGCAGCGUCUCCUCGGACAAGCAGCAGCCCCUGGAGCGGCAGUUUGAGCUGUUCAGUCGUGCCACCUCCGUGCUGCGCGCCCGCGACCUGGGCUCCAUCAUCUGCGACAUCAAGUUCUCUGAGCUGGACAACUUGGAGGCCUUCUGGGGGGACUAUCUGAGUGGAGCGCUGCUCGAGGCCCUGAAGGGGGUGUUCAUCACAGACUCUCUGCGGAGGGCGGCGGGGAGUGAGGGGGUCCGGCUGCUGAUCAGUGUGGACCAGGAUGACUACGAGGAGGGUCGCAGACUGCUGCUGGACGCACAGGAACAACAGGCCGGAUGCUGGGGACGAGACAGGUCAUGAGCCCAAGGAAAGAGGAAUGAAAAGGAGAAUAAAAUAUGAAGAGGAACAUUUUUCUUUUUUCUCUCCUUUUUAAGUCUCUCAUGCUGAGAAUAGAGGAUACAGCCACUCCUAGGUCAGGGGAAUGAAUAGUCCCCAGGGAAAACAGCCAAACUUGAAGUGAAGGCAAACUGGACUAAAAGACUUGACACACUGUUCUGUUUGGAAUUGAUAACACAAGUUGUACUGAGCCUAGAUGCCCUCACGGCACUGAGGAAGAGACUGCCUUUGUUACACACACACACACAUACACAUACAGACACCGAGACAAACUGAACUUCCACUGUAGCACACACACAAACUACCACUGUAUCUAACAUACACAAUCUUAAAAUCAUCCACACGAUGAACCAUCAGCGCUGCCUGUAAGACUCAUUGAAGCCAAGAGACAUUUCUUGCUAACAGUGACAGCCCAGAUACCAACUAGACUGUGCGCUAAUGCUGAGCAUCUCUGGUUAUGUUUGAGGAGCGUGUGAGAUGCCCUGCAAGGCGAACUUCACCCAUCUUAACAUUAGUUUGUGUUUCCAUUGAAAUGUAUGAUUUUGAAUAGAUGAGCGAGACUGCAGCUCUCAGACACUGAGGGAGAGAAGAUGGGGAAAUGACUAAAGAUUAUGUUUUGACCUUUUGGGAGAGAUUUAUAAAUAGAUAGCGAAGGGAAGACUACCUGAGGACAGUGUAGUGGACAAAUAGCUGGUCCUUCGAGAACUCCAGUCCAUACACACACCAUGAUCACAAGCCACUGGUAGUCCCAUCAUGCUAACCCAGGGCCUGAUAGCUGUGGUCAGUGGCCAUCUCAUCUCAGAUGCCAGUAGAUGAUAGGAGGGAUUACCUCUCAUCCUCAGCCAACCAUGGAGAACUCAUCACCACAAGUUGUUGAACAGCAGCUGGGAUCACACACUAGGCUGUGCUCACCCCGGUUUCCAGCAAGGCAAGGCCACUGCCUUUCCCAUUGGAACUGAAGCACAGGACAGUGCUUCAGUCAAUAAAACUGGUGUAGAGGAGAUCAAAAUCAGAAGGAUACAUCCUAGUUCCACUCAGCCCUGACUUGUAGGCCCCACUAGUGGCUCACAGAGCGCUGUCUGUCUCUAGUCUAGUCACCGUGGUGGAACUAAUGCCUGAACUCCUCUGAGUGGGAUCAAUAACCCCCUCUGUCUCUCCACCACCACCAAGGGAGGAGAAAGAGUAAGGGGGGGAGGUAGGAGAAGGGGAAAGAGAGGAAGA